AUUAGUGAAGUGCGAUCUAAAUAUAGAUAAGAACGCGUGUUUUUGACAUAAAUCGCGUUGCUCUUCUUAUCUCAAUUCAGCGCGUUGCUGAAAUCAAAACUUACGCAUUGGCGCUAUCGAAGACUUUCGUACCAUGAAGAGGUUUGUCUUCCGAAUUCUUCUUACGUCUUGCGUUCUAGGAUUGACGAAAGCUAAUACUAGCACACUACUAAAUCCGGAGCAUAAUUAUAAUGGCGCCGAGAGAUUAUACUGUCCAGCGAACGCUUAUGUUGGGAAUCAACCAGUCGACCGACAAGACAGUUCUCUGCGACUGAGACAACUAAGAUCCGAGAUGAUUCGAGUAGUGGCAAUUCAAGGGCCACCUCUCAAUGGUUACAUCGUCACAUCGGAUGACGAACAUCAAAGCGAUACUGUGGAUCCACAUGAUAUGAGAAGAGAAUUUCUUACUGGAUUCCACGGAAGUGCUGGGAUAGCUAUAGUCACUAUUAACAAGGCAAUACUUUGGACUGAUGGUCGAUAUUAUGUUCAAGCGAAUCAUCAGCUGAAUUGCAACUGGAUUUUAAUGAAGCAAGGUGAACAUGACGUACCAACAAUAACAGAAUGGUUAAUGCAAGAGUUCCAAAAUCAAUCAGAAGUACGUAUUGGUGCUAAUCCAAAACUAAUACCUGCAUUUACGUGGGAGACAUGGGAACACGAAUUAGCAAAUUCGUCCGUAAGAUUGGUCGCAGUCCAUAAUGAUCUAGUGGACUUGAUCUGGCAAGUGGGUCGACCUAAGUACAAUCCGCACGCAGCGUAUCCACUGACGGACGAAUACUCCGGCAAAUCAUGGCAAGAGAAAAUUCAAAGCAUUCGGCUAGAAAUGGAGUACUCAUCGGUCGACGCGCUCGUCAUCACCGCGUUGGAUGAGAUAGCGUGGCUCUUCAAUGUUCGUGGCUACGAUUUACCGCACACUCCCGUCCUCAGGGCCUACGCGAUUAUAACUCACGAGUCUCUGCAUCUUUAUGCGCCACGCCAAAAAAUCCUACGAUCCGUCGAUAUACAUCUGAAAAUCGACUUUUGCUCCCAUGCAAACUGCGUCAAAUGGCACAAUUACACAGACAUUUGGUACGAUUUAAGGACUAUGUCUCAAGCCUGGAAUACAGUGUGGCUCCCUUCACCGUAUGGCUACUCGCCGGGUGCGUCCAAAGAAAUAUACAAUUCCAUUCCACCAGAGAAAAGGUUGGCUAAGGCCUCACCUAUAAUUGAUCUAAGAGCGGAGAAAAAUAAAGUCGAAGUGACAGGUAUGAGAAAAUCUCAUCUAAAGGAUGCGAUGGCCAUGUGUGAUUUCUUAGCUUACAUGGAAGAGCAAUACAAAUUGGACUCUGAAGGAUGGGACGAGAUGCAAGUAGUGAGAGUGAUCAAUGAAAUUCGUUACGAGCAAGAUGGCAAUAGGGGUAUCGCCUUCCCAACAAUUGCAGGGUAUGGACCACACGCCGCUAUGCCGCAUUAUGAACCGAAUAACUUGACCAACAUUAAAAUCGGGACUACAUCCACUCUAAUGAUCGACUCUGGAGGACAAUACUUGGAUGGUACCACAGACGUGACCAGAACUCUUCACUUGGGAAUGCCGACUGAUGAACAGAAAAAAGCCUACACGAGAGUGCUGAUCGGUUCAAUUGAAUUAUCGUCUUUGAUCUUUCCCAAUGAUCUGUCGACAGACCAAUUGGAUGUUAUUGCGCGAAGGUCGUUGUGGAGUAGCGGUUACGAUUACAUGCAUGGCACUGGUCACGGAAUCGGUCAUUUUUCUUCAGUUCACGAAUCGCCUAUCAGCUUGUAUUACGGAUGCAAAAAUGCAGGAUGUUCCGUCAAGUUGAAGCCAGGAUUCUUUCUUUCAAACGAACCGGGGUAUUACAAAGAAGACCAUUUUGGUGUUCGUUUGGAGAAUAUUCUUGAAGUAAUUCCGGCUGAUAAAUUGUCUCAUAAUGGACAAAGAUUUCUUAAAUUCAGAGACGUCACUCUGGUUCCGUACGAACCGAAACUUAUCAAGAUCAAUAUGCUAACUUCACCACAUCGGCGUUGGUUAAAUAAUUAUAAUAAACGUAUACGAGAAGAAGUCGGAGCAGAGUUAAAAAAAAAUUUAAAAAUGAAAGCAUUUUACUGGAUGAUGGCGAAAACUAUGACCAUUCCAGAAACAGGCAGCUAUUAUUUCCCUGAUAAUUCUCAGGCAAUGCCAUCUACCAAUAGGCAAUUCCAUACUUUAGUUAUAAUUAUUGCCAUUUAUCACAUUAUAAAAAGUAAGCGAUAUUCAAACACAACUUUAUGCAUUUAUUAUAAUUUAUUCACUGAAACUAGAAUGAUGCAUCAAUUUUUGUUGCAGAUUUCACAAGAAUACGCGACUAAACUGGGAAACACAUCUAGAUUGCCAAAUAUUUGUCAAAAAUUACAGACCUUUUUUGUUUUAACUUUUUGAAAAUAUACAUCAUUU